AUAUAAAAAGAUUCCUUUCCUUAAGCUGUUUACCACGUUGCCAUGUAGAGAAGCUCAAGAACACAGAGUGUAAUCAAUUCCACCCCUCACAUCUCGCUACCCGUUGCUUCUUCCAUUUAUUGCGAUAGGUUUGCAUUUAUUAAGAUUCAGAGGAAUCCCAUUACCCAUUUGCUUUAAUUACGACAGGUUUCCCUUUGGGUCUCUUUUAGGGUUUUUAUCCAAGGAAUCAUUGCUUUCAGUAAUCUCUUUACGCUCUGUAACUUUCUCCUUUGAUUUCGAGUCUGAUGAAUGUGUGUGUGUGUGUUGUUGUUUUGAAUUUUGUAUCCUUCUGUAUUAAGGAAACUGGAAACCCUUUUUGUGAGAGUUGGUUCUCUUAUAACUUUGCGUUUGUGUAGUUUGAAUCAAAGGUUUUGAUUCUGAAAAUGCUUCAAAAUUGAGUGCUUUUGCUUUAUUGAAUCUAGGGUUCCGACCUUUUUUUUGUGCUUUUGGGGGAGAAGUUAGAUGGGAUGAACUCAUAAACUCACAAUCAAACAAAAUCACUCGAAACACAUUCUUCUUCUCGAUCGUUUUUUUUUUUCAAAAAUUGUGCCCCUUCAAUGCAUAUUUCACUGUGGAAACCCAUUAUAUCUCAUUGUGCUUCUCUAAUUUCCGACAAAAAGAGCAGAAGGAAAUAUGGGUCUGAUCACACCGAUGAAGAAAUUAAACGAAACCCAUCUGUUCUUCGAAAAUUGCAGGAGAAUAAGCUUCGAGAAGCGCUUGAACAAGCUUCUGAAGAUGGGUGUCUUGUUAAAUCCCAAAAUAUGGAUUUCUCCGAGCCAAUCGAUAAAGAAGAAAAGGGUUUGGGAAGAUCGAGAUCACUCGCUAGGCUACAAGCUCAAAAGGAAUUUCUAAAAGCAACUUCGUUAGCUGCAGAUAGAACAUUUGAAGACGAAGAUUCAAUUCCUGAAUUCGAUGAAGCUUUCUCAAAGUUCCUGACAAUGUACCCGAAGUACAAAUCAUCUGAGAAAAUCGAUCAGUUGAGGGUAAACGAGUACUCACAUUUGACAGAUACAAUAUCAAAGGUAUGUCUCGAUUACUGUGGAUUUGGGUUGUUUUCGUUUCUUCAAACUGUUAACUACUGGGAAUCUUCCACAAUCACUCUAUCUGAAAUCACUGCACAUUUGAGCAAUCAUGCUCUAUACGGUGGUGGAGAAAAAGGAACUGUCGAAUACGAUAUAAAAACCAGAAUCAUGGAUUAUUUAAACAUCCCGGAGAACGAAUAUGGCCUUGUGUUCACAGUUAGCAGAGGUUCAGCGUUCAAACUUCUAGCAGAAUCAUACCCAUUUCACACCAACAAAAAGCUUCUAACAAUGUUCGAUCAUGAAAGCCAAUCUGUAAAUUGGAUGGCUCAAAGCGCGAAAGAAAAAGGUGCAAAGGUUCAUAGCGCAUGGUUCAAAUGGCCGACAUUGAAGCCAUGUUCAACCCAUCUCAGAAAACAAAUCGUCAACAAAAAAAGAAGGAAGAAAGAUUCAUCCACUGGUCUCUUCGUUUUUCCUGUUCAAUCUCGAGUCACCGGAGCUAAAUACUCGUAUCAAUGGAUGGCGUUAGCUCAACAAAACAACUGGCAUGUUUUACUUGACGCUGGAGCUUUGGGUCCGAAAGAUAUGGAUUCUCUAGGGUUAUCACUAUUUCGACCCGAUUUCAUCAUCACUUCUUUUUACAGAGUUUUCGGGUACGACCCGACUGGAUUCGGGUGUCUUCUCAUCAAGAAAUCAGUCAUCGGAAGUCUUCAAAAUCCGGCAGGACACGCCGGAUCUGGGAUAGUCAAGAUCAGUCCGGUGUUUCCUUUAUAUUUGAGCGACUCCAUUGAUAUAACUCCAGGGUUGUCUGGUAUCAUCGGAGAAGAUGAAGUCGCCGGAAAAAGUGAAUGCUUACCUGAAACUCACGCCGGAGCUCUCCUACCUGCUUUUUCCGGCGCGUACACUCCUUCUCAGGUAAGAGACGUAUUCGAAACCGAAAUGGAUCUGGAUCAUGAUCAUGAACAUGGUAAUAGCCCUAUUUUUGAAAGCUUUUCUGUUGGUGAAGUUAUGAAAAGCCCUAUUUUUAGUGAAGACGAAUCAUCUGAAAAUUCAAUGUGGAUUGAUUUGGGCCAAAGCCCAUUGGGCUCACAAUCCGAAAUCAUAAACUCCCCUUUACCUCCUCCUGUUUUAUCAUUCGAUGCAGCAGUUCAUAACGUGAAAAAAACCGAGAAUUUUCAAGAAAAAAUUCACGAAAAUGGAAGAAAACCCGAUUGUGGGGAGAUUCAAGAAGAACCCGAAACAAAAAAACCGAAAGAAAGCGCAAUCAUAACAAGAGAAACAGAAAACGAAUUCAGGUUAUUAGGAAGAUUCGAAACGAGUAAAAGGGUAUCAUUUGGAUUCGAAGACAACAACAACAAUGAAUUGAGUAAAGAUUUUGAAGAAUAUUUUGAAGAUCAAGAAUCAGAAAGAAGGGAACCCGAAAUAAGUUGUAGGCAUCUUGAUCAUGUGAACAUGUCGGGUUUAAACAAGACGACUUUUAGGCUUCGGUUUUUGGUGAAUUGGCUUGUGACUUCUUUACUUCAAUUGAGAUUAUCAUCAAAUGGGGAAAAGGAAAAAGAUAAAGGUGAUUCUGUUCCACUUGUUCAUAUUUAUGGUCCUAAAAUUAAGUAUGAAAGAGGUGGAUCAGUGGCAUUUAAUGUUAGGGACAGAAAUGGAGGAUUAAUUAGUCCAGAAAUUGUUCAAAAGUUAGCGGAAUCAAAUGGGAUUUCUCUUGGGAUUGGGAUUCUUUGUCAUGCGAGGGUUAUACAAAGCAAUAAACAGAAUCUUGCAAUUGAUACGAGUGUUUGUAAGCCGAUGAAUGAUGGUGGUGGUGGUGGAGGUGGCGGCGGCAGUGGUGGUGGUGGGUUUGUUAGGGCGGAGGUGGUGACUGCUUCACUUGGGUUUUUGACGAAUUUCGAAGAUGUGUAUAAAUUGUGGGUGUUUGUGGCAAAGUUUCUUGAUCCAUGUUUUGUUGGAGAAUAUGAAGGUGGAGGAAAGGAAAUUGGGUGAGUUUUUGUAUUGUGGUAAUUUUUUUUUUGGGGGGGUUUUAUAUGGAGAUAGAUGAUGACCAUAUGGGGUGGAUUUGAAUCUAGUGCAAGUGUUUGUAUUUUAUGAAAUCUUGCUUUUGAUUUGAGAAGUUUAUGGUUUAGUAUGUUGGAAGCUUUGGUGUUUUUUCAAUAUAUGUUAUUGUUGAUCUUCUUUA